UCUCUGUCUCUCCUCCUCCCUCCUCCUGCUCCGGGCGGAGCCCGGCAUGGGGGGGCCGGCGCCCGGCAGGCCAGUGGAUCCGGGACCCAGGGAGGGCCGCCCCCCGGGCCUGGUGGCGCUGAGCAGGGCCCCCCAGCCCCCACCUCCUGCCCCACGACAUGAACCUCCUCUACCGAAAAACCAAGCUGGAGUGGAGGCAGCACAAGGAGGAGGAGGCCAAGAGGAGCUCCAGUAAGGAGGUGGCUCCUGCAGGCCCCGCAGGGCCUGGGGCUGGCCCGGGGCCUGGGGUCCGUGUGCGGGACAUCGCCUCGCUGCGCCGCUCCCUCAGGAUGGGCUUCAUGACAAUGCCAGCCUCCCAGGAGCACACCCCCCACCCCUGCCGCAGCGCCAUGGCCCCACGCUCACUCUCCUGCCAUUCAGUGGGCAGCAUGGACAGUGUUGGGGGUGGGCCUGGGGGAGGAGGUGGGGGUCUCACAGAGGACAGCAGUGCCCGAAGACCCCCUGCCAAGCCCCGGAGACAUCCCAGCACCAAGCUCAGCAUGGCAGGGUCAGGGGCAGAGAUGCCCCCCAGCAAGAAAGCAGGCUCACAGAAGCCAACCCCAGAGGGCCGAGAGUCCAGCCGGAAGGUUCCUCCACAGAAGCCCAGGAGAAGCCCAAACACCCAGCUCUCUGUCUCCUUCGAUGAGUCCUGUCCCCCAGCCCCCUCUCCUCGAGGGGGGAAUCUGCCCCUUCAGCGCCUCAGUAGGGGGUCCUGCGUAGCUGGGGACCCUGAGGUGGGUGCCCAGGAAGAGGAGCCCGUGUACAUUGAGAUGGUGGGGGAUGUCUUCAGGGGAGGAGGGCGAAGUGGAGGGGGCCUGACUGGGCCCCCUCUUGGGGGUAGGGGCCCAACCCCUCCAGCUGGCGCCGACUCGGACUCAGAAGAGAGCGAGGCUAUAUAUGAGGAGAUGAAGUACCCGCUGCCAGAGGAGGCAGGGGAAGGCCGGGCCAACGGGGCCCCUCCAUUGACCGCAAGCUCCUCGCCACACCAGCCUCCUGCCCUGCAGCCCCACACCCACCGUCGGCCAGCUUCAGCCCUCCCAAGCCGGAGGGAUGGGACACCUACCAAGACCACUCCUUGUGAAAUCCCCCCGCCCUUCCCCAACCUCCUCCAGCACCGCCCUCCGCUCCUGGCCUUCCCCCAAGCCAAGGCUGCUUCCCGAACCCCUGGCGAUGGGGUCUCGAGGCUACCGGUCCUCUGCCACUCGAAGGAGCCAGCGGGCUCCACCCCAGCUCCCCAAGUGCCUGCCCGGGAGCGGGAGACGCCUCCCCCACCGCCUCCGCCUCCUGCUGCCAACCUGCUGCUGCUGGGACCCUCGGGCCGGGCCCGGAGCCACUCAACACCAUUGCCACCCCAGGGCUCUGGCCAGCCCCGGGGGGAGCGGGAGCUCCCCAACUCCCACAGCAUGAUCUGCCCCAAGGCGGCAGGGGCGCCGGCAGCCCCUCCUGCCCCGGCCGCCUUGCUCCCUGGCCCCCCCAAGGACAAGGCUGUGUCUUACACCAUGGUGUACUCGGCAGUCAAGGUGACCACGCAUUCCGUCCUGCCAGCUGGUCCACCCCUAGGUGUUGGGGAGCCAAAGACGGAGAAGGAGAUCUCAGUCCUCCACGGGAUGCUGUGCACCAGCUCGAGGCCCCCAGUGCCUGGGAAGUCCAGCCCCCACAGCGGGACCAUGGGCGCAGCAGCUGGGGUCCUCCACCAUCGUGGCUGCCUGGCCUCCCCACACAGCCUUCCGGACCCAACCACAGGCCCCCUGACUCCCCUCUGGACCUACCCAGCUGCAGCAGCUGGGCUCAAGAGACCUCCUGCCUAUGAGAGCCUCAAGGCUGGGGGGGUGCUGAAUAAGGGCUGUGGAAUGGGGGCCCCAUCCCCCAUGGUCAAGAUCCAGCUGCAGGAGCAGGGGACCGACGGGGGUGCCUUUGCUAGCAUCUCCUGCGCCCAUGUCAUCGCCAGUGCAGGGACACCGGAGGAGGAAGAAGAGGAGAUGGGUGCCACGACAUUUGGGGCAGGCUGGGCUCUGCAGAGGAAGGUCCUGUAUGGAGGGAGGAAGGCAAAAGAGCUGGACAAGGUCGAGGAUGGUGCCCGGGCCUGGAAUGGCAGUGCCGAGGGUCCAGGCAAGGUGGAGCGUGAGGACAGGGGCCCUAUGGCAUCAGGGAUCCCAGUGAGGAGUCAGGGGGCAGAGGGCCUGCUGGCCAGGAUCCACCACGGAGGGGACCGAGGAGGGAGUCGCACAGCGCUGCCUGUACCCUGCCAGACGUUUCCUGCCUGCCACCGCAAUGGAGACUUCACGGGAGGCUACCGCCUGGGGCGCUCGGCCUCCACCUCUGGAGUCCGGCAGGCCGCGCUCCAUACCCCCCGGCCCUGCAGCCAGCCUAGGGAUGCCCCAAGCCAGACCCACCCCGCCCUGCCGCUGCCCCUACCGCCUCAGCCCUCCCGGGAGCGCGAUGGCAAGCUGCUGGAGGUGAUAGAGCGCAAGCGCUGCGUGUGCAAGGAGAUCAAGGCCCGCCACCGCCCAGACCGAGGCCUCUGCAAGCAGGAGAGCAUGCCCAUCCUCCCCAGCUGGCGGCGGGGGCCCGAGCCCCGCAAGUCCGGCACCCCGCCCUGCCGCCGGCAGCACACUGUCCUCUGGGACACUGCCAUCUGAGGAGGCCGGGAGGCCGGGGCACCGGACUGGGGAGCGGGGCGGGGGUGCCCGGCUCUCCGGGAGACUUGCCUUGAAAGAGGGACACUUGAAGGACCAGGUGAGAGAAAGCCAGGGAGAACCCCCUGCCUUCCACCCUAACCCCCGGACACAGGGAGUCUGCCAGGCCCAUCGGGCAUGGGGCGCCAGCCGCACCCCCUGAAAUUUGGGGGAGGAGGGUUGAGGUUCGGAGUGAGGCCCUCCGCUGCUCUUCCUCCUGGGCGAGGUAGACUCCUCCUCCUGAGAGGGCAAAGGCCGAGCCAGAGGUCAGCAUGGGGGAGGAGGGAAGGGUAGGGAGGACGACGGGGGGCGGGUUAGGUGAAGGACAAGGCUAGAGAGUGUGAGGUAGAGGGGCUCUUUAAUAGAGCCGGGAGUGGGGAGGGGGUAUUUAUUUCGUUAUUUAUUUUAGUUGGGAGGGCAAUUCUGGGCUCUUCUGACCUACUUCUGGGCAGGGAGUAGGCAGUGGUGGGCAGUUAAAGGGAACCAAGUUUGUGCUCUCCCCAAAGCCUGAAGGCCCCACCAUCUAUGCCCACCCUGACGCUGGGCAUUGGUCUGGACUGGGGAGCCAAGCAAGAGAAGGGAGGGACUCCGGUGAGCUGAGGGCCGCAGCCUCAUUUACAGUAUUUACGAAUGACCAGAAUUUGGUAGUGAGUGUGGCCUGCUGUGAAACAGGCAUCUUUAUUUAGCUCUGGGGUGAGGGUCUAGCACCAGGGAUGGGUGGGAUGAUGGGGAAGGAGGGAAAUUUUAGCGGGUGGGGGGAGGGCGGGGUAUUUAUUUAAAUUUUAAAAAAAAAUCAGAAGAGAUGUCAGGAACUUUUUUUUAAUUCCUUUCUUUUCAGAAUAAUAUAUUAAAAGACUAACGAUCCUA